ACCGAUAGUUCGUAGUUUUCGAACUUUAUCAUUUGCCUAAACCAUUUCAUGACGUUGCCAACUUGCUCUUUGUUCUUCUAAACCCUCUUAUUCAGUGAACUCAAACUGUUAUUUGCUUUGUUACAUUUAAAAUUCAUGUGGGGGUGUUCUUGCUUCUGUGAGGGGUUUUGAGAUUGUUGAGGAAGUGUAAGAGAGUGUUGAAAUUGUGAAGAAUGUCCACUGAGGAAAUUUUAAGGCAGAGGCUUAGAAAAAGGCCUACACUUUCAGUGAGCACUUCCAGGAACUCUGUUAGAACUAGAAAGGGUGAAAGUUCUUAUGACAAGGAUGGGGUUUGUGAUAGAGAAAAUGGGUCUAAGGUGAACUUGAAGAAAAGGGUGAAAUUUAAAGGAAUGCAAUCAGGUGAAGAAAGGAGUGGAAGGGGGUUUCGUCAGAGAGGAAAGUUGAGAGUUUUGGAUUCUUAUGGGAGGAAUAAGAGAGUGUAUGCUAAGGAGGGAAUGGAUGAAAAUGAGAAGUUAUGGAAUGGUGUAGCAGCAUCUUCCAAGAAGAAAACUUUAUUUAAGAAAGGGGAGAAAAAGGUGAGAGAUGAACAUGUUGAAGGGAAAAUCAACCACCGUACAAUGUGGGUUCCUGGUAAAUCAAGGAAUGCAGGCUCCAAAGGCAAGCAUUAUACUCAUGAUGUGAAGGACAAGAAGGAAAAUGCUGGCUUAGCUACUGUUAAACAAAAAGCCAAGGCAAAGGAGGUUGGUAGAAUGGGAUUUGUUGGGACAGAUGAUCAUGGGAGUGGUUUAAUGAAGAAAAAUAGAGAAAAGAAGUGUGAAUUCAGCAAGGGGAAAAGCCAUGAAAUUGUAUAUCCUUCAAGUUCUUCCAAGAAAAGAGCCCGAGAUAAAGGUGGAAUGGAUGAUGAUGCUGAGGUACUAGAUGAUCGGCCAAAGAAGAAGAAAAGGAUAAUAAAGAUUGACCCACAUGAUAUCUCAAACAAGAGACUAGAUGAUUGCAUUGGUGUUAAUGGAAGUACAGAAGAGAAGAAAAAGGAGUCUGAGAAAGAGCCCAAAAUGUCCAAAAAUGCUGAGUUCCGUGCAAUACAGCCUAGCCCUGCAAUACUUUCCUUUGUGGAAAAAAAUCUGUUGGGCAGGAGACGCAUGAUUGACUUAAGAAGGGCAGGCUACAAUAUAGAUCUUUCUGCACCACUAGAUAAUAUUCCCUUCUCUACCAGUUCAGAAAGAGAGAGAAUUGAAGAAAAUAUUUUUAGGAAUAAAUUUGAGUUUUUUGCUGCUGCAAAGGUCUCAUCAUCAUUUCCACCUCCUAAUCUUCCAGAGAUUGCAUUUGCUGGAAGGUCAAAUGUUGGGAAGUCAUCUCUUCUUAAUGCACUCACUCGACAAUGGGGGGUUGUACGGACAUCAGACAAGCCUGGCCUUACACAGACAAUCAACUUCUUCAAGUUGGGAACAAAACUUAACUUAGUUGAUUUGCCAGGAUAUGGGUUUGCAUAUGCAAAAGAAGAAGUAAAAGAAGCUUGGGAGGAGCUUGUGAAGGAGUAUGUUUCCACAAGAGUUGGUCUCAAACGAGUAUGCCUUCUGAUUGAUACAAAAUGGGGUAUGAAACCAAGAGAUCAUGAACUAAUUGAAUUAAUGGAAAGAUCAAAAACUAAAUACCAAAUAGUAUUAACUAAGACAGAUGUGGUUUUCCCAAUUGAUGUGGCACGACGUGCUAUGCAAAUUGAGGAGAGUCUCCUACAGAACAAAUCAGUAGUUCAGCCUCUGAUGAUGGUAAGCUCAAAAUCUGGAGCUGGCAUCCGAAGCUUGAGAACGGUGCUUGCUAACAUAGCUCGAUUUGUCAAAAUAUAAAAGAUAUAGCCAUGCUCCUUUGAUGAUGCGGACAUUUUACAUUUGAGACGACACAUAUGCAUAGUGAAUUCAUUUUUUUAUGAGGUGCAGACUUCAUUUGCUGCAUGGCACGCCAAUCCUAAUUUUUGUUGUGUCCCAUGAUUUCCUGAUUUUAAGUGGCCUUCUAAGAAUUUAUUGGUUCCCGUUUGCAAGAAGCACAGUUCUAAUUUGUAUAAACUGGUAUUUUUAACACUUUUUGGGCAUUACUUUUUGUUUAUAACUAACAUUUAUUUUUUCUUGGUAAAAAAAAUGGGCGCAUGCGGAUAAGGAUGCUCACCACUCCUUUUUUAAAUACAUAACCUUAGUACAUAGUUGUCACUUGUCAGCAUAGACAAUUAACCUAACACAUGGUAUGGGAUAAAUCUUAGGAAAUUUUUAAUAUGCUCCUGUCCCUUCAUGGUCCUUCCAUUAAGAAAGUGACACAUGGGUUUUUAUUUUAUUUUUCUUCUUUUUCUUUUCUCUCUCCUCAAUUUUUCUUUCACUUUCUCUCCUUAACCCCACCCAAUCACCCAUGGGCCGGGAGCGCCAAAUUUAAGCUCUAAAUCUUGAUAGCAACUGUUGCACUAAGUCACUGCAACUAGUAAUUUAUUUUGUGAUACGUGAAUAAAAAUAUCACAUCGAUCAAAUGAUGUGAUAUUUUUUAUUCAUGUGUCACAAAAUAAAUAGGCGGUUGCACUGAGACUUAAGAUUUAUGGAAAAAAUAUUUGUCUUUUUAAAUGACAUAAUUUAUAUUCUUUCAUUUUCACAAAGAGGUGGGAUCUACAUUUUUAGAUUUUUUUAUUUACUCUCUCCUCUUUUAUCUAUCUCUUUCUCUCACUUAAAAUGACACAACUUUACAUCUUUUAAAAUGAUACACAUUUUUUCCAAGAUUUUUUCCGAUGCAUCAGCCGCCCCUCCACUCAAUUGAAAGGUUACUAUUUAUUUAUGUUUUU